AUGUUUCCCGUGUUAAUGGAAAACCAAUCGUCGUCCACUAUCACGGAGAAAGUGGAAAAUAAUUCCACCACGUCCGAACAACAAAAUCAGCCGACAACACAAUCAUCAUUGUCAACCAGAGACGAAAACCUGAUUAUGGUAAAAUAUUACUAUUUUUUAAUUUUUUUUUUGUUUUUGUAAUAAACAUUAAAAAAAAAAACCCAUUUUCAACCAUAACACCAGUAAAAUUUUUUCUUAAAAACAAUUUUAACAAAACCGACAAUUUUACUCAUAUUAGAUUCUGAGCGGAGCGAGGAAUAUAUUAGUUUUACAAUGAUAAUCAUUGUUUUUUUUUUUAUGUAUACUGCAAUGUACAAAAAUCUACCAGAAAUCUUGCUCCACUGUAUAAGUGUAGCAUUUUUUCUGAAAGGGAAUUUCGUCUAGUUGGUACUAUAAGGGGGUAAUUUUUUGAUUUUCCAAGUAGUUUCCAUAAUAAUUGGGAAAAAAAGUAGGAAAAACGGGUAAAUUUACGAAAUAACGCUUUUAUUAUUUUCGAUUUUAUUUUUUUGUUGAAAUUCAGUUCAAAAUGUUCAUAUAGACUUGAAAUUUAGACAAAUACUUAUAUUUGAUUUUUCUAGACAACAUUUUUAAAACAUUUGAACCAUUUUUGAGCUAUUUAUAGACAUUUGAACUUUGCGAGAUGUUUAAGUAAAUUUUAUUCGGUAAGUAGGUACUGUGUGGAUAAAAUGGUUAGACCAAACAAAAAUGCUUGAAAAUUUAACAGGAAUUUCAUUAGUUGUACUUAGUGGUCAAUAAGAAAAAGUUGAGUUUAAUGUCAUUUUUUUUUUUUAUAAGAAUUUUAAUAUCAAAUUUUGACGAAAAUCAAAAAAUAAUAUGGCCUUUUAAAACACGUAUAACACGUAUAACCGAACUCCGUUCAGAAUCGUUUGAAAAAUUUAUCGAUGCGUAUAGAAUAUAGGUAUACAAUAAAUUCCCCUCUAUAUCCUACCAUCCUGACUUUCACCUACAACAGUGGCCCACCCAUCUUGCGAAAUAUAUCAGCCCUUUUUUUUUGUCUUUAUUGUUUUCUGGAAAUUGUGGCCUAAACUAUGUAGAGUUAUUUUAAUUAUUUAUAAUGUUAAAUUCAGAGAAUCGCGUUAUGUAUAUAUAUAUAUAAAAACAUGUUAUAAUGAUUAUAAAAAAACAUUAAUUUAUUAUUCUAUUUUAUGGGGAUACAUUUUAUUUUAAAGUGUAAGUACUUAAGAGGUCAUUGUGACAAUUGAAUUUGCUGCAGUUACUGUAUUUCUGUAACAGGCAAUAAACUAUGGUAUAAAAUAUAUUCACAUAAAACAAACAAAAAAAUAUCCUCAUCUAAUCUAAUCUAAUCUUAAAAUCGCUUGUAGAAAUAAAAUAAAGAUAAUGAAACAUGAAGAUGAUAACAUUUCGAAGACAAUCCCUUCAGAUUCUCUAUAAAUUCUACAUAAAUAUUCUAUUCGUAUUUCGAUUAAACGCUGCCGUCCGCGCAUUUUAUUAGUCGUGUUUUAUCAUAUAAAACCGAUAUUAAAGGCCCCUUCGUAGAUUUUAUGCGAACCGCACAUUUUUUCUACAUUCCUCGUUAGAAAAAAAGACGGAGACGGCAAAUUUAACGGUGUCGGCCUCUUAUUAUAGUAAAAAUAUUUGUAUAAACUAUAUUUCUAAUGGAAUAAUAAUUUGUAUUUUUGUAACGUGACCGUUCGAAUUUUAAUUACGAAGUCGACAAUUUUUUAAAACUAUGUACAUAAAUUAUUUUAAAAUACUAUAUAUACUACUCAAAAGUUUGUCGCUCUAAUUACGUUAUUUAUUACAAUAAAAUAUCCGUAUCAUUGCCCUGGCACGCUCGGAUGGCACUGUGGUAAAUAAUUUAUUGUUCAGAACUAGAAAGUAUAUGAUGAUAAUAAUAAUUAUUAUUUUUUUAUAUACUCGUAAUAUUAUCACGUAAAGAUAACAAAAAUAAAUUACACAUUAUUAAAAAUUCAAAGACGAUUAAAAUAAAUAAAUUAUAAUACAUUACGCUAAUCGCCUAAUAUCAGUUACGAUUUAUUUAACGUGUUAGUGGAGAAUUUCCUCGACAAAUUUCUGGGAACUAAAAAAUUAAAUUUUAAGUUAUUGUUCAUUGCAAGUAUUCUGAGUAUAACGAAGACGCUGUUCGUUUUUACAAAUAUUUAUGCUUUUGUCUUUUCCUAUUAGGCAAAUGCUCUAGAUUUUUUCUCGCAGUACCUCAAAGAAUACAGAAUUUCUAUAAUACUCAUAUACUCUUAUUCAGAAUAAGAGUAUAAAAGCAUCAUAAGAGUAUCCAGUAUAGAUCUGAGCCUUAACCCCCCCCCCUCCUAAGCAUAGAUCCAUAAUAUAUUUUUAAGUAUUUUCUUUCGAAAAUCAUAAACUUAGUCUCGUCGUGAAAGUAUCAAGCUUUUUGGGGGUUUAAACUACUUUCAACCCUCGCUCAGUGACGUAUUCAGAAAUUAAAUAGGAGGGGUUAUAGCAAAUAAUAACCACGAAUAUAUUGUAAAUCUCUUUUUUUUGCCAAAAACGACUAUGGAAAUUUGAAAAGCGAAUUCAAAAAUAUAAAUUGUAAUGAAUAAAUCAAGCUUUUCCGGGUAACUUGGCUGAGAUACCUAUAUAAAUUUCAAGAUAAAAUUACUAUAGAUAAAUACUCAUAAUUUUUAUAUGUUCGAGGCUAAUGAGAGUGGGGGGUAAUCCUUCACUUUUCCCUACUUAUGUCACUGCCCUCGCCCUUAUCAUUCGUGUACUCAUAUUCCACCUUUAUUUUUGGAAGUAGUAUAUAGUUGAAGUAUACGAUGUUAUAGUGUUGUAUUAUUAGGGACAGAUCCAAUAUGUGACCUCAACCCGCAAUAUAAAAUAAAAUAAAUUACGUUUUUUUUAAAAUUGAUUAUACGAAGUUUAGUCAUUAAUAAUACUUAUUAUACAGAUGACUAAUUCUAUGAGCCAUUUACAUAGAGUACACGAAAUACGAAAAACACACUAACACUUACGAUACACAAACUGAAAUAUGUACGUAUCCUAUAAUGGUUAUAAUCUUUUAUUUAUCUGCAGUCAUUACUUUUAUUAUUUUAUUUAUUAUCUAAUUUCUAUACAUCGUUUUUACUAAUAAUACUAUAAACACUAACACAUUAUCAAUAAAAUAUAAUAUGUUCCUAUGUAAAUAUAUACAUUUUAUACUGAAAACUGCAUUAGUAUAAUUAAUUUUAAGGUGAAUCAGUAAUGUUAUACUAAACAAAAGGUCACUCAUUAGACCAGUCCCUAUAUUAUUGUGUAUGUUUUGGCGAGUUAAUUUUCGGUAAGCAGUUAGCUGCAUUCUCGGUAUAUGUUCGCUGUUAUUUGCUACCUUAGUUGGUUAUUCGAUAAAACGGUAAAUAAAAUGUUCACUACAUGUUUUAAACAUGAUAAAUAGUGAACAAAACCAGUAAACAUCACUAGUAAGUGUUUACAAAAUCCGACAAAUAAUUUGUCGAAAAUUGCAUUCGUGUAGCAAACAGUUGCACUCAACAAUCUCGGCAAAAUGUAUUGUUUUCUCAUUGGGCAAACGGUUCACUAAAACUAACUCGCCAAAAUACGCCUAAUAUUUUAAUAGUAUUCGUUUGUUUAUUGUUUUACAAAGGAAGAUUUUUAUCAUAUGAAACAGGUGAGGGGGGGAAUUUUACUCUAAGGACAAUCAUAUAUCACAAUAUUAAUUACGCACGAAAAUUCAUCUUUGAACAAUAAUUAUUCAUCGAUUUAUUCACUAUACUUCUUUGACCAUUAUUGUAGAAUAUUGAAAAAAUAAUAUACUAUAAUAUUAUAUAAUACUAAAUCGUCUAAAUCAUGAAUUUUUAUUUUAUUUUUGUAUUUAUUGCAGUGGUAAGCCGGUUUCUGUGGAUAAAAUAUUGUAAUAAAUUACAAAUUAGAAAAUAAUCGUUAAUAGUUUUAACGAAAUAAAUAAAUUCUGAAGUAAUAAUAACAAUACAAAAAUAAAUCUUCAUUGGGGGAAAAAAAAAACUAUUAAUUCAGCCUUGCGUGUUCAAAUGCUUUUUACUUGUCCGAUAAUAAUUUAAUAGCAAUUAUUAAAUGAUUUUAAAUUACAUUAUAGGUAAUAUAUACGACUGUCGUAGUACGUUAAAUUGAAUCUCCGAAAAAAGCUCAUUCGAUUAAGUGUUUAAUUGAUUUUUAUGUCAAAAAUAAAGUAAUCGUCGUCGUCGUCGUCGAAAAGAAUAAAAAUACAUUUUAAUGCCGUCGAAUCGUCGAAAGCAUUAUUUAUUGUCUGAGUAUUUGGUAUGGAGUUUAUUCCGCUAUACAAAAUAUGAAGGGUUCUUCUUGCAUUGUGUUAUCAAGUGGGUGCCUACUACCUACUCUCGAGAAAUCUGACAUUGAUUUUUGUCAAUUAUUACAUCGUUUGAAUAUAAUAAACACAACCGUUUUAUAAGUGCACCAUCGCAUUUUUUGGUUCAAAAACAUGCCUCACAAGAAAUAACUCUCAUGCUAUGUGGAAUGGUUCUAUUUAAAUUAUAUCGUUUUACUGUUUUUAUAUUCGGAGCGUGGCGAGGAAUGUAUUGGUCUUACAAUGAUGUUUAUUUUUUUUUCUGUGUACAACAAUUUUACCAUUGCUCCGAUUUUUGAGUGUAGCAUUUUUACCUUAACUAUAACAUUUAUCAAAGGAAAUUUUAUCUGGGUGGUACUUUAAGAACACUUUUUUUUUGAUUUUCCAUGCGGUUUUCUUAACAAUUAAGAAAAGCCGGGAAAAACGUGAGAAAAUGUACGUACAUGUAUAAAAGAAAUUUCGCUCCGAAUCGGUUUUUCCUUCAACAAUGGUUUAGCGUUAUGUAUAUAUAGCUGGACAUUGUUGAUCGUUGACAAGGCUGGACUUUAGGCACGAGUUAAAAUGUUGAAACUGUUAAAAGUAUAGUUAAUUUUAUCUGUUAACUUGAUUUUUAACACUAGAUUUUAAUUAUUUAUUGUGACAUUAUAACCUAAUAAAUAGCGAGCAAUUCCUGAAUUAUAUCGCGUAAGUUGAUAGUCAAGUUAAAAUCGAUUGAAGCGUACUGGCGUGUUGUAACUAAAUUAAAAUACCGUAAGUUAAUAUUGAAGUUUAAUUUUGGUUUAUUUGUAAAUAUUCCUUUUAACUUAAUUAAAUUUCACAUGUCCUAUGCAUGCAAUUUAAAUAUUUUAUUACGAGGUUUUACAAGGUUAUAUUAUUAUAAUUUGUUUUGUAUGUAUUAUAUAAGUACGGUCCUUAUCAUGGUUUUGGGAAAAACAAUUUAUAGGCACCCCAAAAAUCGUUUCCAAAUAAUAAAAACAAAUAGUCAAGCUUUCUCAGUUUUUCCUUUUCCUGUUUUUCAAAAGCUUUUUUUUAAAAAAAUAACGCAACUGUUUUCUAUUUUCUAAAACAAUGUUCACUGUAAAGUCUAAUUUAAAUAAUAAUUUUAAUUAGUUUUUCUUCUAUUAAAAGUUAAUUGCUAAUGGCUGUUCUUUUUAUGAAAAUUUAAUAAAAAAUUAUAUAGGGUAUUCUAUGUCUAUGUUUGUAUAAUAAGUUUUUACAAAAUAGAAUGACAAUGGGGAGAUAGGAAAUAUUGACAAUUUUUUUCAUUUUUUAGAACCUAUCUGGAGGCGUCUAAAACGUUUUUUCUUAAAACCAAAAUAAGGACCAUUAUAAUAUAUUUAUACAUAUGUACCAUAUUAUACUAUUGAACAACAUACAACGUGUCGUUAAACGUCUGACGGAUAAGAGUGAACGGCCAGAAUAAUAUUGUUCGGACGUAAUGAUUUAUUACCGUGCUCUUAGUGGAAGAAGGGAAGAUUAUAUUGGCCGACGAUAGCCAACAUCUGUAUCCUUUUUGGCUUUGUUUUCGAACAUUUAGCGUGCUGUGCGCCUUCCGUUGUUUGCCACCGGAAUGAUGACCUUAUAACAUCAAUCAAUACUAUGUACUGUACGUUAUGGCAACGAAUGUAGAAAAAAAAAAAUAGGAAACUGUUCGGUUCAAGUCUAUCCGUAUUUUAUAUAGUUAUAUAAUUGCCGUUAAAAGGGGGCGUGAGUAUUAUAUUAUAGAUUUUAUAAAGCCCGAACGAAAAUACUAUUAUUUCUUCUUGCGUGUAUGCGAGUUUUGAUUCUGAGUGAAACGGGAAAUGUAUGAACUACUUUACUUCUAUAAAUCUUACUCAAAUCAAAGAAUGUACAGCCAUUUUUUUAUAUUAAUGUGGUCAUUUUUCGAUUUUCCUUGUAGUUUUCUUAAUAGUUGAAAAAAGUGACAAUUUAUUUGUAAAAUGUUAGUUGAUUUUUGAGUUGUUUUAGCAACAAGGGGAAAAAUACGACUAUAAUAAUUAAUAAUACUCUACUCAAAAUCGUUUAUCGUUAUGUAGAUAUAUAAAUUUAGUUGCUCUAUAAUAUCUUCCUUUUUAACUUCCCUCCUAAAACAGUUUGCACACCCAUCAGCAGUACCAGCCUUUGUUAUUAUUAUUGGUGUUGUAAAAGUAUCGAUCUUUAUAUAAUAUUUAAUUAUUGCAAGGGCUAUAUAUUUUUGUUACGAAAUAAAGUUUAAAAUCGAUUUUUCAGAACUCCACAAUAGACAAUAACACCACUACGGAUAAACCCGACGACACGAAAUGUACACCGCCGGCGAUACAGCAGUUUCCGAAGCCUUUUAUGAGACCCUCGGUGAGACGACGAGGAGGCGUGCUGAUCCACAUAAUUAUAUGCAUUUACAGCUUUUUGGGAUUAGCGAUCGUGUGCGAUCAUUACUUUGUCAAAUCACUGGAUAGAAUUUGCGAAGGUAAACGUACUAUAUAGUUAAACGAAUAAAUUAUAAUCAAUAUAGUAAUAUACAAAUUAAAAUAUAAUGUUUAGUUAGAAGAAAAAUGAAAUAUAGAUUUUUCUUUGCUCCCGGUAUUGGUGUAUAGUUCGAUUCGUGUAACAUAUAAUUUAAACGUGGAACUUUUAUUUUGUAUUUUUCUAGUGUUUUUGGAUAGUAUUUAAGAUUUUAUGUUUAAUGUUUGCGAAAAAUAUUCAUAAACCCUUUUUAUAUAUCUUACAUAUAGAUACCACCCCUUACCUCACCAGCUACUGUCCAAACGAUACACGGGCCAAGUAUUUUUUUGAAAUGCCUUUCAUCCAAACAAAGGUCCGUGUUGUCGUUUACCGGAAACCAUUAUUUCUCGACAGUUUUUUCUACAUUUUGUACAUGUUCUCGUAAUAAUUUAAAUUGGUACCGUUUCCAAAUGUACACAUUUCGUUAUUUUCUGUUUUCGUUUCAAUCGUGGAUAAAUGUCACUAUGACCUCGUUUGCCCCGACCUUCAUAUUAACUUUAAUACAUAAUAUUAUUAUAGUUCUACACGUCGGUCAUUGUCUAAACAAUAAACCAUAAACCUCUAGUACGCUCGCCUAGUCUGUUAAAAUAUUGCAAGACGUAUUUUAUGUAAUUUUAGUGCAUUUUGGAGGCUAUACGGUUUUUAGUCGAUAAUCGUUACACAAAAUAUUAUAGAUAGUUUUAUGUGCUCUAUAAUAUUAAUCACACUAUUCAUAGCUCAUCUCUCUUGUUAUCAAUCGCAAGAUUGGCCUACAGCAUCACUGCACCCGUUUCUGUCAUCCACUUUCCCUUUCAGUAGUAUACAUGAAUCGCCUAUUUUAUUUAUUCCGGUCUAGAUCUUUCUACAGAUUCUUCCUUUCAAUGUUCCUCUUGAUUAUAAUUUCAACAGACCUUCGUAUCUGAUUAUACACCUACGAGUUGGUGCCCAAUUACCUAACGAAUUGGUUGCCAGGUAGUUUAAAGGUAAUAUACAAAUUGGUUGUUUCAAUGAACUGUUAUUUUAAAAAUUAAACAGAAUUAUAAACCAAAAAUGUCCUUAAUGUUUUACACAGACUUAUUACACUUAUGACACAGAAUUGUCAAAAAAAUAAUUUUUCGUCUGGUUUGUUUAAAAAAACAAAUAAUAAAAUAAUAAUAGUUAAAAAUUCUUAUCAAAAUUGUCCAAUAAUCUUCUGUAAUAUCAGAACGAUGAAUUAUAUUUAUUAAAAAAAAAAGAGCCAAUACUGGAAAUGGGUGCUGCCACUGUUAUAGGUGGUAGUGGAGAUAGUGAGAUACAUUAAGUUAUUUAACCUGUCAUUAACGAUAAUCCAUUAAUAAUGAAAACCGUUUCAGAGCGAAAUUCGGUUAUACAUUUUAUGAAAUGCCGUAAUAUUUAUGUCCGUCAAGUUGGCACUGGCACAUUAUGCUAGGACUCUACUACUAAUAUCAAUAUUUUGCUAGAAAUUUUCUAGAUUUUGAUAGGGCAUUUUUGGAUUUUUCUAGGACCCCUAUCGUCUCUGAAAGAGGCCUCAAAUUUUAAAUUAAUUGUAAAGCAAAUAAAAUUUAACUGGGUAAUAGAUAUUGAUAAUAACAAAAGGAUUAAUUACUAUUAUUUAAAAUAGAUAUAUGUUCAAUAUUGUCAGUAAGUAUUACAAAUAAUAACAAUAAUAAUAAAGUGAUAAACUUAUCUUUAUUAUAUCGAUCAAAAUUAAAUUUUUAUAUUUAUUACGAAAAAUCGCGUGUUUAAUUUUGUACACUUGAUGUUACACUUCGUACGUCAGGGCAAGAAUUCUGUUAGAAAAGUUGUUAAUAGUAUAUAAAAAAAAGUCGAACAUACUUCGCACGACGGGUGGACGAUAAAAAGUUGGGAAGGUAAGGAGAUAGAGGGGUAUAGAGAGGAUUUAAGCUAAGAUUAAUCAUUUCUAACGAUUGAUAUGAAUCUUAGCUCUAUUAUAAAACAUAUUAUAGAUAAUUAAAAAGCAAAUUCAGUUGAAUAGAUUGAUAUAAUUUUACUUUGGAACUGGACAAUGUGCUGGUGCAGCCACAAAGAUAGCACCGGCAUGUUUUUUUGUGGAUUUCCGAAGUUUGUGGACCCUAGCAAAAUAUUGAUAAUAGUUGUAGAGUCCUAGCGUAAUGUGCCGGUGCUAACUUGACGGACAUGUAAUAUUUACGAUUUUCAUGAAAACUUGAUUUUAAAACUUUUAUGAAUUAAAAAAAGUACUACCUACAUAAAACUAAAUUUUUUUUUAACCACUAAGUACGACUUACGAUGAACGUUUUAUUUAAUUUGCGAGCAUUUCUGUUAAGUCUAACAAUUUAUCUACAGAGUACCUACCAACUAAAAAUUACAUAAAAAACUCGUAAAAUUAAAAUGUCUAUACAUAGCUCAACAAUUGCUUGAAUGUUGUGAAAGUCUUACCACGUCUAGAAAAAAUAAAUCUGUUUUCUGUCAAUAUGUUAAAUCUUUACAAAUAUUUUAAACUGACUUAGAUUGAAAAAAAAAAAAUUUAAAAUAAUAAAGAAUUAUUUUCAUAAAUUUUCCCGUUCUUUCUACGUAUUUAUUGGUUUUGCUCAAUUCUUAAAAAAACCUAUUAAGAAAAUCAAAAAACGACAUUUAUGGUCAUCAACUAGAUUAAAAAUUCUACAAUUAAGAUCUCUUGAUGUUUUAUUAUUGAAGCAAUAUUUCUGAUAGAAAAUGGAAAGCGUAAAAAUUUGAAAUUAUGAAAUCAUUAUGCUGCAAUUUGAAAAAAAUCGUACAUUUCGUCUUUUUUGAUUUUUUCCAAUUAUGAAAAAUAUUUUAGAUAUCAAAAAGACGACUUUCUCUGUUAGCGGUUAUUAUUUACUCAACUGUGUUUCAAAUAAAAUAAUGUAAUAAUAUACGAGCGUACUUAUGCGUCUAGAUUUUCGUCAACAAACGAUGGCAUUUUGAUCCUUACAGUUUACGGGCGAUGCCAAAAUACUACUUAUAAUAUAUUAUAUAGUGUGAGAACCUGGUUGACAAGUAAAAAGACUAAGAAUUAUUAUCGCGUGCAUCCUUUUAAAGCCCCGACGUAGUCCUCGACCAUCACAAUGAGCCAUCGUUACCACAAUAAUAUUAUUAUAAUCGCGUUUACUCGAUGGAAAUUUGAUCGACACCUUUACCACUGCAUAAUAUGAUGUGCAAGGAUGCAGGACACAAACUAGUUAGACAGUUAGGAAUUUCUUUUGUGAGGGCUUUUAACUUGACUAGUAACUUACAUUAUUAUCACACCAACUAAGUAAUUUAACUAGUUAUAUUUUUUCGUUUAAUGACUACAUAUAAUUUUAUUAUGACGUUAUAGAUUAAAAUAUAAGAAAUGCAUUUUUCAUUUAUAAAGUAUAUUUCUAUAAUAUUUAAUAAUAAUUUAUUUUAUUUUUAUUCUAUAUAUACAUUUAAUUUGAAAAAUAAAUCAAUAAUAAUAAUUAAAAAAAAAAAAAAAAAAUUGGAUCCAUAUGUAGUUGCGUCAAAUGUGCAUUGCGCCUAAAUGCUGUGCGUCGAAAUGUAAUUGGGUCUAAACGAUGUGCGUUGAAAUAUGCCAUGGCUCAAUUGUCUCGCGUCGAAAUGACGCGACACCGAAACUCCGUGUGACAUAAACCUGUUUUAGAUAUACAUAAAUACAUAAAUAAAUAAUAAUACAUAAGAAAGACAUCAACGGUGAAUAAAUUAUUAACAAUCAAAAAAUUAAAUACAAUAGCUAACUAACGAUCAAUAUAAUAUGGAGCUGGCCCCCUCUAUAUUGACGUGAGGGCGUCAACAGCAUAAUAUGCAAGAACCGAAUUGAAAGUAGAAUCAGUCGGCUUAAGCUUAAAUUUUAUAUUAUAUGGCUGAAAAAAACCAAUUUCGAUUUUGCUCAUAAUCAUAGUAAAUUAUUCGCUGAGAAUGGAUAGUUGAAUUCGUUAAAAAAAAAUCCCUCGUACAUUUAAAUUAAUUAAACGAUGUAAAAACAAUACGUGUAAAUAAUGCGACUUGGCUUUUUUUCGUAACUAUGUACUUGCGUCACCAUCGUUGUAUACCGUAUUUACAGGAUAAUUCACUAAGCGUGCUCAUCCCUUUAUUUUGGUUAAAUUUUGAAUGUAUUCAAAUUCUGAUUUUUGGAAUUUCAAAUGUAGUUAAAGCCGAUAUUUUCGAAUAAUUCGUUUUUUCACAACAUUUAAGGAAUAUCCUGUGAUGAUACCAAGUUUGGUUUUUAAAAUUAGAACCUACAAAAAAAAUUGCAUACAUAGAUGGAGAUUACUUAAAUAUAUAGAUUGCUUUUAGUAAAUUUUGGUAUUCAAAUUUUUGAUUUCUGUCUAUCCGUUAACGAGAUAUUCUAGUUUUAAUUUUAGUUAGGGAAAGAGUAGUGGAGUAUCAUUUGUGUGGCGAUACGGCUUGCGGCAUUUUAUUGGUGCUCCACUACUCUUCCCCUACUUAAACUUAAAAAUUAUGUUAGGUUACUGAAUUGCCCUGUAUACAUUUAUAACUUGAACUUGACAACCGACGAUAAUUUGACAUGGAUGAACGGUCAGUAAAUACAAAUGGUAAUGUUCGUGGGCGUUGUGUCAUAUGCUUAAUUAAAAAACACCGUCAAAAAAUUAGAUAAUGUUCUUUGUCCAUUAUUUUAAAUCCUGAGUGUAGCGAAGAAUGUAUUAGUUUUAAAAAGAUGUUUAUUUAUUAUUAUUUUUUUUUUGUGAACACUUUUUCUACCAGAAAGCUUACUCCAAUAUAAAUAAUGUAGACCCUUUACUGAAAGGAAAUUGUCAGAAUACUUUGAGGAGGUCAUUUUUCGAUUUUCUUAAGAAUAUUAUUAUCAAAUGUGGAAAACCGAAAAAAAAUCGAAGGAAAAACGGAGAAAAUUUACAAAAUAUAUUAGUAAAAUAUUACGAUAUAUUUUUUCUUUGAAAAACUUUUCUACCAGCAAUUUUCCUCCGAUUUAAAAUAACAGCACUUUUUCUGAAAAGAAAUCAGACUGGGAAGGUAUUUUAUGGAGGUUAUUUUUAGAUUUUUCUAGCAAAUAUGAAAAACAUGGGAAAACCGGGAAAAACAUAGAAAAAACGGAAAAAUCGGUAUGUUAUUAAAUAAAUGAUAUUAAAAAAUAUUUAUAAUGCCUAUUUACUUAUUUUAAUAUAAUAUGACAUAUAUAUUAUGGACAAAGCAUUACUAUCAACUGAAAUCCACUCAGAAUCGUUUUUAGUAGAGCAAUGGUUUAUCGUUGCUUACAGAUACAAAUUAAUUUCCUCUAUAUACCCUACCUUCCCAACUUCCCACAUACAAUAGUACAUAUUUUAAAAGGACGUAAUAUUUUUGAUUUAAGUUAAAAUUUGAUAUUAAAACUCUUAUAAAAAUAAAAUACUACAUUAAACUUAAAUUUUUCUUAUUAACCACAGAGUAUAUUUUAUAAUGAAACCUCCUGUUAAAUUUUCAAGCAUUUCUGUGAAGUCUAACAAUUUAUUCACACAGUAUUUACCGAUUAAAAAUUACGUAAAACAUUUGCAAAAUAGUUAAUGUCUAUAAAUAACUCAAAAUUGGCCUAAAUAUGUUGAAAAUUUACCACGUCUAGAAAAUGCAAAUAUAAAAUUUCUGUCAAAAUGUCUAGUUUCUAAAAACAUUUUAAACUGAAUUGCAACAAAAGAACAAAAUUAAAAAUAAUGUAAGUAUUAUUUUAGUAAAUUUUCCCAUUUUUCCUACGUUAUUUUCCAAUUAUUAUGAAAACUGAUUGGAAAAUUAAAAUAUGGUAUUCCUUAAGUACCAACUAGAUUAAAUUUCCAUUUUGUACAGUAUAAAAACAAUAAACAUUUUAAAACCAAUAUAUAUAUUCCUCGUUCCGCUCAGAAUCUAAAAAAAUUUAAAAUUAAUUGUGAAGAGCUGACUUUUUUUUAAAAUAUUUAACUAUUUUUAUGGCUUUAUAGACAUAAUUUUCAAAAUGUUUUCGGCGUUUUUGUGUGUUUUAAGGCUAAAACUUGAGAAUUUUUUUUUUAUUUUCGAUUUAUGUGGCAAUAAAAUAUUCGUAUGUUGUUACACGUUUUUCUAUAAAUGGUAAUGAUGUGUUGAAAUUGCGUUCAAAGACAUUUAAUUUUUUUAAGAAUACAAAUGUGACAUUCCACAUUUUAAUUAUAGUCAUAAUAUAAUAACAUUAUAAUGUAAAAACACUAAUAAUUAUACUUUGUUGAAAAAAAAUCGUCUUUUUACACUCACACCCGUAUCUAAAUAUAUUUUGUUAUUGCUAUAGAUACCAUGACAAAACAUAAAAUUGUUGAUCAAUUUUAUAAUAAAGCAGUAUUUAAAAAUUAUCAAAUUCUCAACACAUAUAUGUUACCUAUUUAUAAAUGCACACCUAAUAUAAAUUGAGUCAAUUUGCGAUUUUGAUGUUAUCAUAAAUAUUAAUUUUAUACUUACUAAUUUAAGUUAUUCCGCAAACACCUUUGUUAUAUUAUAGUGAGGUUCUACUAAAAUGUCCGGAAGAAAAAUUUCCGGAUCAAAAUAUCAGCCAGAUGUGAAUAAUCUCCGGGCAUUUUUACCUACGGACAUUUUUAACUCUGAUAUUUUUUUCGAACAUUUUUACCUAGAAUCAUUAUAGUUAUUCAUAUUCUACACUUUUAAACGGCGAUUCGUAUAGGCAAUUCUGCUACAAUAUAGUCGCUAUGUAUGGAAAAAAAUACUAUUCGGAUGCAGUAGAUCUCCAUAGAUCAGUAGGGUCGAACUUUCCUCAAUCCAUUUUGAGUUGUAGAGAUAUUCAUUGUGAAAAAAAAAAUGGACAUUCUUCGCACGUAGGUAGGCCGCUGUUGUAGGUGAGAAGUAAGAAAGGUAGAGGGAAAAUUUAAUGUAUAUCUGUACGCAACGAUUAACCAUUGCUAACAAAAAUCGAUUCUAAGCGGAGUUCGGUUUAUAUAGUGCUCUGUCAAAAAUAUAUAUGUUUUAUUAUAGUUUAAUAAUUACAUAUGUAUUAUAUAUUUUCUUUAACAAUAUUUAUGGCUGGGGAGUUGUAUGCGGAAUUCCCAAACGACACAUUCUUGAUGCUAUUUUCCUGCAUUUCGUCCCCGUGGUUUAAUUUGAGGAUUUUCUACACGUACAUAUGAUCGGCCUUGGGCCUUAUGUCAGCUCGCACAGACUGAAAAUUCUUUCCGAAAUUUUGAAAGAAAAAACUGCGCAGGCCGGAUUACAGUUUAAAGUCACACGUAUGGAUGCACUGUCGAAGUCCGCCUUGAGGAUUCAUACUAUAUCAUUAUUAUUAUUAGUAUUUAGGGGUAAAUUUUGAAUUCAGUGUGAAUAUUUUGUUCUUUUUGAUAACCAUUCCUUCACCUACAUACAUCUUUCGUAUUUUUUCAUUCGAGUUUCUAAACGAUUGACUGCCAUUAUAAUAUGGUCAUCUUAUUUUUCUAUUACGAUUAUACGUCACAAUUAUGAAUAAGUAUAAAAAAUAUUAAAAAUACUAGGUAGCAGGUGCACAGCACGCGAUUAGGUAGAUAUAUAUAGGUAGUUAGGUACCAUGACACACAUUGAUUUAGUUACGGUAGCUACACUGAAAAAGCCAAAAUCUUCGAUUAUUUCCCAGGCGUGUGGUUAGCGUGUGGAGUCAAAGUCUUUACUUGAGACCGGCUGGGCCUUGAGAAUUUGGAUUUGAGGAUUUCCUGUGCGUGUGUACCUACCUUUACAAACGCAAUACAGAAUAAUAGUCUCUAUUUUUGAAUAAAAUUCAAUAACAAACUACAAGACUAAUUUCGUUUUAGGUAACUGUAUUUUGAUGAUGAAAAUGCGGUAUGCCCCAAUUUUAAAAUUUCAAAAUAAUGUUAUUUUUAUAAUUUUUAACUUUUCAAAUCAUUAUAAAUCUAACUACAUCAUCAUCUAUCAAUCAAAAUCUUUUUAAGCAGUUAUGGUUAUUAUUAUAAUAUGUAUUUAUGUAUGUAUAUAUAUAUACAUAUUGUAUAAAAUGAAGAUAUUGUUAGUUUUUGGAAGAAAAAUAAAAAUAAAAAUUUUUGAAGUUUUAUAUUUAAUUGUUGUACUAUGUAUGUAUCUAACUAAGUAUAUUAUACUCCUUAGUAAGACUACUUGAAAUAUUAUAUGAAAAAAACAGUCGUAACAUUUUAUAAUAAUUUUAUUUGUCUAAAUUUAAUUAUUGUUCUAUUAGAUGUAGAUACGAAUGAUGGUUUAUUCGAGAUUUAUUUCACCUUUAAAUUUCUACAUCACUUUAUUUAGGUGUUAAAGAUAUUUAUUCGUAAUAAUAAACAAUGAUAAACAUCUACUUAAAAAUGUCCAACGUAUAUUAUAUAGUUCUAUUUAAAUCUAAUACAAUAUAUUGAUUAAAAUAUACUUUAUAACAUAUUAUUUUACUGCAUUUUUCAAAUUUGAUUUUAAAUUUAAUAUUUAUAAUAACUGCAGUAUUGUGCUAAACAUAAAAAGGUAUAGUUUUCAAAUUCGAUAGGUAUUUCAAAUUAUAAAGAUCAAACAAAUUGAAAUAACCUAAUGGUACUUAUUUGUUAUAAUUAAUAAUUUAUAACAUUCGUUUUUUUUUUUGGUUUUAUAGAACUCAAGGUGAGUCCCGAUGUCGCGGGAGCUACUUUUAUGGCUGCCGGAAGUUCCGCACCAGAACUGGCUACGGUCGUCAUCGGUGUUUUCUUGGCCAAAGAUGAUAUAGGCGUCAGUGGCGUCAUCGGAUCCGCCGUUUUCAAUAUCAUGUUUGUCAUAGCCAUAUGUGGUUUAGCAUCGACGACCGUGACGUACCUUAACUGGUGGCCCCUGUGUAGAGAUUCGUUUUUCUACACUAUAAGCAUACUCAUCAUGCUAUUGGCCAUUUACAACGAGACCAUCUCAUGGUAUACAUAUAUACUUGUUCUAUAUUAUAUUUACAUGGUUGACUAAUAAAAAAAAAAAAAUUGGAUUCGUAAUAUUAUUUAUAUAUUUGAUUUUUACUAACGUAAAUAGGGUCGAAAGUUCUUUGCUGCUCCUCGCCUAUGUCUUUUAUUGUGUAGCGUUGUACUACAACUUGUAUUUGGAAGCGUGGGCAAACACUUGGAAUUUACCGUUUCCGCCGAGAAAUCAUGGACAAGUCAGUUUUAUCGAUUUAUUGUAUACCUACUUUGAGUAUUUAUAUAAUACCUGAUUAUUGUCUUUUACGAGUAGAUAAACGAACUAUUUGCGGAUCAACCAAUGUCCUACGUCAAGGACGGCCAAGAACAAAUCCAAUUGACCGGUACCAAAAGUCCGAUGGGUUACGAUACAACCGGUUCGACGGGGGCAGGAGAACAACCAGACCAACAGAACCAACAGCCGAAAAGUCAACAAAUACCACAUCAAAACCCCGACUAUUACAUUCCCAAAGUAUACGAAGAAGCCGACGAGGUAUGUAUUUUUUUAAAUACAUAUUAUGUGUAUCGAAACUAAUUAUUAAAACACCAAUCGCAUUUUUGACUUUUUUUCUUAUACUAUUCAGGUAAAUCCGUUGAUAAAACCUGAAAACGGAAACGUUUUGCAUGUAAUACAAUGGGCCAUAAUGUUUCCUAUUUAUUAUAUGUGCUAUUAUACGAUGCCUGAUUGCCGGAAGGAAAAAUUUAAAAACUGGUACGGAAUAACUUUCGUCAUAUCUAUGCUAUGGAUUUCCGUAUAUUCAUAUAUAAUGGUCUGGAUGAUAACGGUUAUUGGUAAGAUUAUUACACAUAAAAUUAUAUUAUAUUUUUUAUUGGAAAAAUUUAAUUAUUUUUCCUUUAUAUUGAUAAGCAUAAAAUAAUUAUUUAUGUAUUAAAUUAUAAAUAUAAAUUCAAAUACUUAUUAUCCAAUAGUGAUAAAUUUGAACAACAUAUUUAAAAAUAAUAACUUUACGAGUAAUUAUGGUUAUAGGUAAUACACUUGGAAUACCGGACACGGUUAUGGGUCUGACUUUUGUCGCAGCCGGUGUCAGUGUGCCUGACGCUUUGUCUAGUCUUUCGGUCGUAAAAGAAGGUAAGUUUUUUUUUCUUCACUUUAAUUAAAGCACAUACUUUUCAAUGAAAUACUUAAACACGGGACUUCCAAUGGCAUUUGAUAUAUGAAAGUUUUUGCCACUUAUACACUCUUGUAUUCCAAUUCUAUGAAGGUCUUUUUACACAACAAUCAUCCAUCUUAUUCUAGAUUGGCUCCAUAGUCUAGUUCCCAUUGGUUUCAAUUCAAAACUGCUCUGUAUGUAGUAUCUUCGCUUCUUCAUGUUAAGUCUAUGAUGCUUUACCCUCAUAAUGAAGCUUAUUAUGACUAAUGCCAAACCUAUUUCUUCUUGUAACUCUUUUGGUAAAUUUUCUCCUACACGAUCUUUUUUGUUAUCAUAAAUUGUUGGUCUAUAUAUUGUCCUCCAUAUUCUAUUUUUGAAUGUUCUUAGUCUUUUUUUUUGGUAGUACAAGUAGUACAUACUUUACAUAUAUGCGUUGGCUUUGUUAUCGCCGUAUAAAGUUUCACUUUAGUUUUCCCUGGGAACAAUUUUUCCUUAAGAAAUUUACUCAAAACAAAUUCACGCUCUCUCCAUCUUUUUUAUCAUAAAUAUUUAAUCCUAUCUCUCUUGACUAUUUAUGCAAUUUAUGCUCUAAUUUCAUGUUUGAUUCUUUAUUGUAUUAAACUGUCAUGGGUUUUAAUUUAGGUUACGGUGACAUGGCUGUGUCUAACGCGAUCGGAAGCAACGUUUUUGAUAUACUGGUAUGCUUAGGACUACCUUGGUUUUUGCAAACUGCUGUAUUUAAUCCGGGCAGUACUGUGAAAGUGUACAGUAAAGGUGAGAAGUCAAAUUUUGUUAAAAUAAAUUACUACAAAAUAAAAUAACAAGCGGUAAUUAAUAAUAAUAUUUUUAUGAUUUAUUAUUAUAUAAGUAUCUCGAUAUAAAUUGUUUUUCUAUAUCCACUAUAAUUAUUAUGAUCUCUAUCGGGAAAGUUUAUAGCUAUUUACAUCUUCUUGUUUUUAUGUUUAGGCUUAACUUAUUGCACUCUGACACUGUUAUCGACUGUAGUGUUUUUACUGGUGGCAACACAUAUGAAUGGAUGGAAAUUGGACAGGAAAUUUGGAGCAGUCCUUAUGUUGUGGUAUUUGAUUUUCAUAGCUAUAGCAAGUUUAUAUGAAAUGAACGGUACAAUGAAUCCACCCAGCUGCUUGACCAACUAUUAA